UUUUCUGACCUCCUAUGGCUGAACUAUGAAGAUUCCCUACUUCUUCUUACUAGUCAUCUGCCUCUCUGCACGGGUAUCAACCUUAGCUUCCUAGCCACUGCCAAGGGCCAUGCCGAUGUCCUACAUUCACUAUAUAAUGUGCUUCGAGGCCUUGAGGCUUCUACUAUCUCACCUUUUCCGUAUUCUUCACAUGCGUCCAUUUGGCUCAGAAAUAUUGAGGCAUUGGAGUCUGAUUUGGAAUCUAGUUCAUUGCUUUUGGGGUUCAAGACCUCGAAUUCCACUUGCAUCCAGUCGAAUCACGAUUACAUGGAAAAAACGAUAUUUGGAAACGAUGCCUACAUGUUCAGCAGACUAUCGGCUGCUCUCUUCACUUCUCCACUUCUUGAGCUCUGCUUGCCUUCAGUAUGA